AUGCUACACCACUCCAACAAGAUGAACAACAGUUGCCCAUGGCAAAGCCUGAACGAACAACUCAGUGGAGAAAGCCAAUUCAAAUUUCCCAUUCAAGGUUACUGUGAAAACAUUCCAGAAGAUGCUGAAUUGAAAAUGGUUUUCAAACGGAUUGAAACCAAACGUCUUGCCGAACUCAUGGCCAACCUUUUGCAGAUGGGUUUUGUGUACUCCUCACAUGAUAGCAUGAUCGAUGAUGAUGUCCGCAGUCGUAUCAUUUUGAAGAACUACACCCUCUUUCAAUUGGAAUAG